AUGAAAUUCCAGGUUGCCGUCGUCUUCGCCUUGUGCGCCGUCUUCGCCUACGGAGAGGAGUCCACAGAGCUCAGCCGUGAAAAGCGUUACGCCGUUGCCACCGCCGCCGCCUUUGCUCCGGCACCCGCCUUCGCCCCAGCACCCGCCUUCGCCCCAGCACCCGCCUUUGCCCCAGCACCCGCCUUUGCUCCAGCACCCGCCUUCGCUCCAGCCUACGCCCCCGCCUACGUUCAUCACGCUUUCGCCCCAGCACCCGCCUUCGCCCCAGCACCCGCUUUCGCCCGAGCCCCCGCCUUCGCUCCAGCCCCCGCCUUUGCCCCGGUUCCCGCCUUCGCCCCCGUGGCUGCCCCCCGCAGUAAGGUCGUUCACUCCGUACCCGGCGCUCACGCCGAAUACGUUUCUUUCGCCUAA